UUCCUGUCUCUCUCUAUCUAUUAAAGGAUCCCCAGAACAGCUUCAAAUCGCAGAGAGAGAGAGAGAGAGAAUCUCUCCAUGAAAACUCCAAACCCAAUUAAGAACAAUAAUUCGAGAAAAACCCCAAGUUCUUCGAUAACAAAUUAUGGAAGAGAUGGAUCUAGGAGAAUGGGAAUUGCUCUCCAACGGUUUUGAUCAUGAUCAUGAUGAAUACCAUGAUGAUGAAGAUGGCGUGAUGAUCAGAAACACCAAGAGAAACCCAAAUCCAAACGCUAAGAACCUCCUCGACAUGGAAUACUUCAUCUGCCCAUCUCAAGAUCCUCCGAAACAGACCGAACCCAGUCGUAGAUCCGGAGUGGUCCCCACUCGUCUCCUUCAAGCUCCCAUGACAUGGGAACCCAUCUUCAGCACCGACGGCACAGAUCGCGAGGAUACGAAACUCACCUACGACGUCUCUGUCGUCGCCCCCAUGAAGAUUCUCAAGAACCCUGAUCUGGGUUUCUCGGAAAACGAAUUCGUCGACAUGAAAAUUGACCCGACAACGGUCACCAGUCCCCUGCCUCAGAUCGAUCUGAAACCCUUGGAAUCCAUGGAUAUCGGGUCGGAGGGUGAAGAGGGUGACUUGCGGAUCAAGAAAGAGAGUUGGGAUGGAGAUCUGAUUCGAGGAAAAGGUGAUCAGAAACUGAAUUUGCUGAAACUGGGUCUCACCGGAAUCGGUGCGAUCUGUUCGUUUGGAGCCGCGGCUGCUGCUGCGACAGUUUGUGUCUUCUUGUCCGGAAACAAUAAGAACCAGAUGCUUAGGUUUCAUAUUUACAGCGAUGACAAGAGGGUCCGACGUGAAACGAAGCUGAAUGACGCAAUUUCUGUGAUGAAAGGAGUCCCUCUCGUAAGAGCCCAAAUCUCUCUCCGUCGCUUCUACAAUUAAUUAAUGGUCCUCUUUGAAAUCAUUAUAUAUAUAUAUAUAUACAUACACACACACACACAUAUAUAUAUGAGUUGUUUACUGUACGGACAAAACGUGACUUCCUUGUAACGUGUGGGCAACAGUUAUAUAUUUUUGGUUAUACGUCUAUGUGAACGCCUAAAAUCGCCAUUGAUGACGAUGACGAUCAUGACACUGUGGGUAUGAUAUAUAAUACGAUUACGAAAGGCAGGCUUAUCAUA